CCCGUCUGUAUUAAGGUGUUUCUGGUUAUUUAUAAAAUAUAUACAUUCUUACUAACUUCAUAAAAUGUCUGAAAAUGUAAACAUAGAUCUUUCUGGUGAAAUAAACGCUACAACAGAAAAAAAAGGUUUUCAAAAGUAUGUUAAUGAUAUGGAAUUGCUACUGCAACAUGUGCGGAGUGGAGCUGGUCCAGCGCUGGUGAUGGGUGUUCUUUCUACUCGUAAACCAUGGACUCAAUUUGUGGCUACUGAUAAUUUUAAAGCCCCAGCAUCAAUACCUCGAUUAUCGCGACGAUUUUACAGAAAUGUGGAAUAUUUUCAAGCUAACUAUUUAAUGAUAUUUCUGGGCCUAUUUGCUUAUUGUUUGAUUACAUCACCAUUGCUGCUGAUAGCUAUGGUGGCAAGCGCCUUUGGAUACAAAAAACUUACAUCUGGACCCAAUACUUGGAAAAUUGGUGGUUGGGAACUAACGAAAACUCAGCAAUAUAUGGUGGCAGCUGGAUGUUCUACCCUUCUCAUGUGGUUGGCCGGUGCCGGUGCUGUACUCUUUUGGGUUCUCGGUGCAACGGUGACAGUAGUUGCACUCCACGCGAGCUUCUUUGAUGCGGAAGUUUUACCUGUUUCGGAUGACCCUGAAAAGUUUCCUAUGAUAGAACAAGUCUGACAAAGCGAACUGCCUCUCUACAUGCCAAACCAAUGGCAGGCCCUCCGUCAAGAUACCUGAAGCACUUAAUAAUAGAAAAACAAUUGGAAUAUACCUAAAUAAUUAAAUAUAAAUAAAAAUUACAAAUUUCAUCAUAAUUCAUGAACGAAGUGUUCCUAUUUAUCUACUUUUUCCGCAGCCGAUUAGUAGUUUAUUCAUUUGUGUGUUUGUUAUAAAUUAUGUAUUUUACUAAACUGUAAUUUUCAAGGAGUAGUACAAAUUUAUAUUACUUUGAAAAUAUGUUGGCUAUUGUACUAGAAUUAAAAGUAAUAAUAAUGUAAUGUGUAUAUUUAAUUGAAUGUAAAUAAAACUAUGAUUACUAAGAG